AACGACCCGGAUCCAUCGAAUCCUCAAUCUAGCGCCCUAAUUUUGCUCUUAAUCAUCGCGGGAUCACAGCUCGCGCAGGCUGCUCUGCUCCGUUCACCUGUGGUUUCCGCAUGCUCCCUCCGUUCCAAUUGACUUCUUCUUCUUAAAGACGGCCUCGAGGUGAGUCCCCGAACUCAUCCCUAUCGAUUGCCAUCCACUCUCCGAUACACACGGUCCGAUUACCGAGCGUUGGACCCCGCGUUUCUUGGCUUUUGGUUGAGCUCGAAAGCCCGCAAGAAUGGGCACCCGACAGUGUCGAGUUUGCAACGAAGCGCAAUCGAAGUACAAGUGCCCCUCUUGUCUCGUUCCUUAUUGUUCUUUGGCAUGUUUCAAGAGACACAAAGAAGCUCCUUGCGUCAAGCCAGUGUCUACCGACCACCAUAAUGAAGCCUCAAGUCAGGAAUUGCCUGUGGACAGACCUUUUAACAUUGAUGGCCCGCAUGACGUGGUGCAGCAGGGGCAACUAGAAUCCUUAGCUUCUUCUUCUGAAAUUCGUGAUGCGCUCAAGGAUGAACGCCUUCAGAAACUUAUUUGCAAAAUCGAUGGUUCAGCAGAUCCAGACAGCGAUCUUGAAAAGGCAAUGGAAGUGGAGGCAUUCCGCAUAUUCACUGACAAGAUCUUGUCUGCAAUUGGUCCGUAAUCACGGAGCUGGAUAGCUUGCCCCCGUAAAUGGGGAGACACUACAAGCCCUGAGUUACAGUAUACCGUCAUCUUAUCCACCUUCAAGGGGAAUCUCUCUUCCUGUGAUCUAACGAGUUGUGACAAACUUAAAAUCUUCGAUUCUGCUGAUCAGGUAGCUAAAUUGACGUCUUUGCUUACCCGAUUGUCCUCUCCACCGAAAAGUUUUCCCAUGUUAAAGGCUAUACGUGAAAGCUAUGCAAUGGACGAAUUUUCUGA